CCGCUAGAAAACUCCGACGUUUUGACGCGCGCGUAAUGAUUGGCGCGUUCUCAUCGGAACCCUAAAUCCUCGUAUUUCACUUUACCUCCGUAGCUCAGAAGCUUUUCUUCUGCCAGAGAGUAGUUCGUCGGAGAAGCAUUAGCAAUGAUGAGGAGUUGCAAGGUUUACUCCACCACAAGAACAGAUAUAUUAUUAUUUUUGUUUUUGUUUUUGUUUCAGUUCGCAUCGAUUGCUCAUUCUUAUAGGCCUGGAGAUAUCGUUCCCAUGAGCAAGAUGGGUCAAUACCAUUCGUCCAGGAGUCCUUGGCAUGAUGUGAUCGGUCGCCAUUGCCCAAUCUUCUCUGUGAAUCGCGAGGUAUUGAUGCCCAUAGCGAAGCCUACAGGUUACACUGGUGCUGAUCCCUAUAAACUAUCAUUUCAAGUCGGGAGGGAGAAGUUCCUUAUUCCAUGGCUUUUUAUAAUUAAUCGGAAGAGCGCAGAGGUCCCAAUGAUUGAUGUCCAUCUGAGGUACUCAGGAGGCGAUAUACUUGGCGUCACGGCUAAAGUUGUGGACAUGCCUCAUCAUUAUGUUGAAAUUCAUCCACAGAUACGUAAGCAGUUCUGGGAUCUGCAAACUUGGCCAAAACAUGUGCUUCUCAGAUAUACAUGGGAGGAGCAGUCAGAGAUAGAUGUCACUGCUGGCUUUUAUGUUUUGUUUGGAUCAGGUCUCGUGUUGUCUUUUAUCCUCGCGAUUUACGUUUUACAGUCCUCUCAAGACAAAUUGGCCAGGUUUGUGAGGGAGACUGUUGCUGAAAGCAGCAUGCCUGGUGGAGGUGUGGCAAAGGUCGAGUGACAAAACUCUACUCUCCCAAGCUAUCAAAUACCCAUCGUCAGGUUAGAAGUUCCUGUGAUAAAAAGCAAGUCACCGGAGAUCUAAUUUUGAGCUGUACAAGGAUGAAGUGGAUGUGUGAUCUUCUGGUGAUUUUCCAUUGUUGAAUAUUGCUGUAGGACUCAGAUUCUGAAAGAUAAUCAACUCCAAUUACCAAAAGAAAAGGAAUGUACUAUUUUAUCAAUGAGGGAAAAGUUUACCAGUUCGGUCACCUUGAAUCACCUAGCAAAUGUCUGUCAAUCGAGAGAAACAUUUGGUAAUUUCACCUAUAUUUUGAUGGCUAUGAUUUCUGUAAUAUUGAAGUUUCAGUUUCUAGAAACGAAUUGAAAUAGUGAGUGAACAGAAAUGAAAAUUUUACAACAUGGA